AUGACCUACGACUACGCCGCCUACCUGGACCUGCCCACAGUGCGCGGCUCCAAGGGCGGGCCUGUUGGCCCGCAGGUGCCUGCCCACCUGCUGGCGGACUUUUCCGAGGACGCCCACCAGUGCGAGGCGAUCCACCUGGCCCGCCAGGUCUGCUCCGAGCACACGCAGUGGCUGGAAAGCCUGGAGAGGCAGGAGCAGGACCGGAGGGGUCGGCAGGAGGCCGUGAGGGCGGCCAAGGCCGGCGGCGGCGGCUACCCCGGGGCCGGCGCCGCGCGUGCAGGCGCCGUCGCAGCGCCGCGGCGGCCCCCCGUGUGGGAGUUCAGCCUGUCGAGCGGCGGCUGGGAGGCCUUCAAGCCAGAGCAUCAGCCGCAGCUCGAGGGCGCGCACGCGAGGUUCCUCGGAGGCUCGAAGGGCGACACCGAGACGGCGAUCAAGCACGGGGCCCACACCAUCGUCGUCAACUUCGCAAGCAUGACGCAGCAGGUCCGGGGCAGCGAUCGCAAGCGGAACGUGCGCCGGCGAGAGUGA